CAUUUACACAGGAUACUGAGGUUGGCUGAGAGAGACAGAGAGAGAACAGCCACCGGUUGCUCAUUGACACUUUCAAAGGCGGCAGAGACAGACAACCUGCCCUAUGUGCGGCUCCUCUCAAGGCUUUGCAGCCUCCGCAUCCCAGGGUAGCACAGCAAUGUUAACUGAGCGUUCACCAAAAAGCACAGGCGUUCUCGCGGCGGGGUUGCCAGAUGCACAGGAAGUCAACAUGGCAACAUGGGCCGAAGUGGAUUUUGAAGAGAACUGCACUUACAUUGUGAAGGACCACCCCUUGGGGGAAGACUCAGAAAAUCGAGGUUGGACGCAAGCGGAGAGGUCGCUACCAAGAAACCUGGCUCUGAAGCGCAGCCGGAACUCAACAGAGGUGCUUGGCGUGACCAGUAAAGAGUUGAUUCCUAAGGGGACAAGGUUUGGUCCUCUAGUAGGGGAACGCUACACCAAUGAAACACUUCUAAAAGAUGCCAACAGGAAAUAUUUUUGGAGGGUCUUCUCAGAGGGCCGCUUACACCACAUCCUGGAUGGUUUAAAUGAAGAGCGGAGCAACUGGAUGCGUUACGUCAACCCAGCCUGUGCUGUGGAGGAACAGAACCUGGUUGCGUGCCAGAAUGGCCUUGACAUUUACUUCUACACCAUCAAACCCCUUCAACCUGGCCAGGAACUUCUGGUGUGGUACUGUCCUGAAUUUGCACAGCGCUGUAACUAUCCUCCACUGGGUCAGCUGGUUAUUGACAAUAUUGAACAGAGUCAAGCUCAGAAGAAGACUACAGGGAAACGAGGGCACACCGUCUCUGAAAUCCUCCGGGAAGACCCAACCAAGUCCCAGACUGCCUGCUCUCGACAUCUGGACAGUACCCUGUCUCAGACCAACCUCCCCGCUUUCCCGUUGUGUCCCGGUGUCGUCUAUCCAAUCCAGCCCCACUCAGAAUCGCUGCACGACAAAAGAUAUGCACAUCUGCCACCUUGCGGCCCUCCAGCUGCCAAAACAGCGGCUUUGAGUGGUCCUCACCCCUCGAGUUUGCGUUUUACUUUUCAGCAAAAUCAAGGGCCUCUUGUAGUCAAAUCUUACCAAGAGCCUUGCAUGCUUGACUGUGUUCAUCCUACUCUGGGGCACACUCCUUAUUUCCUGCCUCACUACCCACUUGGCCUUAGCAGCAGUCUACCUCACUCCAACCUGUUGUACGAUCGGCAAAAACCUCACUUGACACUCUCGUCUCCUUUGCUGCCUUUCGAGAGCUACACACCUAUCUUACAUCUUUUGCCGAACAGACACAGAAGCUUGACAUUUCCACUAUCCAGUACAAAGCAAAACCUCGUUUUUUCACCAGCCACCGAGCAAAAAGACAAAACUGACCUCGCGUCCAAACGGACGCACUACCUCAGUAGUCCCAGUGGUGUGCCAUCUGAUGAUCUCCCCAGAGAUUUCGUGCACCAUCCUCCCAGCAAUCUCCAAGCAAGUCUGCCUAUACCUGCCACAUCGAGUGCCUCAUCCGUCAUCGCCUCCCUCCGGGAAGCGCUAUGCUCUCUUACUCCGAGAGGAAGCUCACCUCCAAUGGGCAUGGCUGCCUCCCCAGAAGGUCUUCCAUCCAAACCCACCUCUGCUACACAGACAAUUACUAAGGAGGCAGCUGACCUCGGAAAGACAAAAGGAGAAGGACAGGUCAUUGGUUACAAGACCUUGAACUACCCUCUCACCAGGCAGAAUGGAAAAAUCCGGUAUGAGUGCAACAUCUGUGGGAAGGUCUUUGGGCAGCUGUCCAACCUCAAGGUACAUCUGCGUGUACACAGUGGAGAGCGGCCCUUUAGAUGUCAAACCUGCAGUAAGAACUUCACACAGCUUGCCCACCUGCAAAAACACUACCUGGUUCAUACCGGAGAGAAACCGCACGAAUGCAAGGUGUGCCAUAAACGGUUCAGUAGCACUAGUAACUUGAAGACCCACCAGCGGCUACACUCAGGUGAGAGACCUUACCCGUGCAAGUUAUGUCCAGCUCGCUUUACCCAGUUCAUCCACCUGAAGCUUCACAAAUGCCUCCACACUGGAGAACAACCUCAUCGGUGUCCUCACUGUCCCUGCGCCUACCUCCACCACUGCAGCCUCCAGGUGCACCUUCAAGGCUUCUGCCCUGUUUCCUCCUCGGCUUCCCCGGGACAAGAUCCGGAGGAGCUACAUCAGGCCAAUUCUGAAAUUGAGAGGUUUGACAUGAGCGAGGCAGCGGAGAAGCUUGACGUCAUCGCUGCGGACAUCAAAAUGGACAAGGGGAAUGUGUUUGACUUCCUACAGAGUAUAGAAAGACACACUUCUGGCCAUCAGGAUGGAGCCAGAGGGGAGAGUGCAUCUUUGGAACUCAUCAGCAUUAAGAAACCAGUGAAAAACUAUGCUUCCAGCCAACCACGUCACGGCGGUUUGAUACCUCUGUGUCCAACCAACAUCAAGCUAGAGUCUGGCUGUAUAUCAGAGCCCUAGAACAGAGCCAUAUAAUGUCUACUGAUCAACUAAGCAGCUGUUUGUUAGCGCCCCUUUUAAAUUAAAGCCUUAUCGAAAUCACCGAUCACCUUGUUUCUAUUUUAGAGACACAACUUUAGCAGCACGGGCUGGAACCAGUGAACCGACUGAUCUGAUGUAAUGUUAAUUUAUUACUUAUCUAAUAUUAAUCUAAUUUCUUAAGUUGUGAAAGAUGUAUCUGCAUUAUUGAGUGUGUUUUCUGCUUUCUAUCUGUUUUGAACAUGCAUAAAGUAAGUUUGCUAUU